AUGUUUGCUCACCGAAUCAAGCGUGAAAAACGAGAGGCUGCCAUCUGUGUUUCCUUGGUCACUAGACUCAAGGAAGCCGUGCAAAGUGUACUGCAGCCUGGUGGGACCACAAGGGAUUAUGGACCAAGAUAUUCAUCACAAGCAUGUUAUGGACCAGUCCUGGGGCAUUCAGACAAUACUAAUGUUCUCUGCAAUGUUCUGGAGGCAAUCUUCAUCCAUGGACUGAGGGAUUCCUUUGGUGAGAAGAUGUCUGUUCUUCUUGGUGCUGACCCGGACCGGAUGCCAGUCCCUAACUUCUGGCCAGUUGUCUUGAUCAUCAGUCAUAGGGACCUCAUUGAACAGAUUGGUGAGUUAUCCUUCAUCAGUAGUGAGGUGGGGAGGAGUCGAGCUUGGGUGCGUUUGGCUCUCAACCAUGGCCAAAUCCAUAGCUACCUGAGUGUACUGCUGCAGGACUCUCACACUCUAAAGGACUAUUACAAGCCAACAGCUCUCCUGCGAGACUCUGAGAGAGCAGACAUCAUGCUGGGAGUGUUGCAGCCCUUAUCAUCCCUCACCUUCAACAUGGCUACCAAUGCUGCUGUGCUUAACACCUGGACACAGACACCAUUGGUUUUAGCUGGGCUAUGGACACCCAGCUUUCAGGGCAUGGUCUCAGACCCAGUUCUGGCAGCAACAGAUGUAGCAAGCACAGUAUAUGAUGACCAAACACCUGGGUUGGAUAUUCCUGUAGCUUCAACUCCAAUCAGUGACCAAAUGUUUGACCUGAUCAUGGGGGGCACACCAGAAACUAGCUUCAUUAGUGAAUAUAUACAAAAGAAUGAAGUAGAAAAAGGACUGCAAAAAGACAAGGAACCUGACAAGACAAAACAAAGAUUGCUAGAAGAUAAAUCUAAAGAAGUUUGCAGUAAUAAAGAAAGUGAACAAGAGACACCUGUCAGUAAACAAAAUAGUGAACAAUCUAGUCAAAAGAGACAAGAAAGUGCUCCUCCUGACAGCCAGACAGAUCAACUUCAAGAUUCUGUCUCAAGCAUUGACAAUAGCAGAGUGUUUCUAAGGGAAUGGAGUGUAGACUCAAUGUCCCAUAGCACAAUUGAAGCUGCUCCUGAGUACAAUAGAUUGUUUUCCGAUUUAGAGGGCCUGGGUGGAUUCCCUUCUGUGCCAGGCCUGGUGGUCCCUGACCUAGAUCUGUCACCUUCUGCCUCCACUCCAAGUGAAGAAGUUUCAAAUGAGUCUUCUCAAUCAGAUGUAGCUGAGAAGCUGAGCUUUGAGGUUCUCCCAAUGAAACAACCCAGUGCUGAG